AUGAGAUUCAACCUUGUUCUCGGUGUUACCACUGCCCUCUGCCUGGCCCCCAAUGCCAUGGCCUGGAACAUGCCUCGCGUGUUCGGCGGUGACAACCAGGCAGAGGCUACACCUACUGCCAAGCCCUCGAGCGGUGUUGAGCCCACCGGUACUUUCCCAACUGGUGCUUUCCCCAGCGGUGCUUCCCCCAGCGGUGGCUUUGGCGGUGCUUUCCCCAGCGGUGCUGCUGGAGGCCAUCAUGGUCACCAUGGUCACCAUGGAAGCGGACCUUCCGACUCCCAGCCUUCUGGGGGUGUGGAGGGUGGUGGCCAGCGGCCUUCUGGCACCAUCCCAUCCGGUUCUUCGCCUUCUGGUGGUGCCGAACCUAGCGGUUCGUCUGACAGCUCUUUCGGGGGUGUCAGCCGCAUUGGUAGCAGCGGCCGUGGCUCUGGUUACAACAGCAAUAACGCUCCUGCUCCUACUGGUGCUCCCUCCAGUGUUCCCUCUGGCACCACUGGCGGUGGUUUUGGUGGUGACUUCGGCGGCCAGUCGAGCUUUGCCAGCGCCCCCAUCCCCGCCCCUACUGGAUCCUCUGUCCCAAGUGCCGGUGGCCAGGGUGAAGGCCAGAGCGAAAGCCAGAGCGAGGGUCAGAGCGAGGGUCAGGGCUUCAAGCGUUUCCACGCUCGCCAGAUCCGCCCUGCCCAGGUCUAA